CCUGUGCGGUCAGUCAGUCGGUGUUUUGCAGCGGACGGAGAAUGUUGCUGAGGUUUCCCGCCAAACCUCACGCCAGUAACCUUUGAGCAAACCGUGGAAGCUUCGGAAAGAUGUCUUCGUUGAAGUGUUCACUCUGUCUCCUCUCAGAUCUUUAAACGCAGCGCAUUGACUGAUUUGUUUAUAGACUUUUUUUUUUUUUCAAACGCACGCCAUACAGCGUUAUUUCAAAACAAUUUUGAGACCGAUUGUGAUUUCUCUUGACGUUUUGAUUUAUGAGUCUUCAAGAUAAAAGAAAAGAAGAAUAAGCAAGAUAGGUUUUUUUGAAAAUUAAUAAAGAAAACACGGACAUGGUUUAUGAAAUGCUUUGGAAAGUAACCGAGAGCAGGUAGAAAGAAAAUUCAGGCAUUUGGUGAACAGUGGAAGUACAUAGACUUAUCCGCAUCCUUUCAAAAGCCAGACAUUUUAUAAAAGUGCAGGAUAUUCUUCUGUUACUGACAGUGUACGACAGUCACUACCUGGCACCAUGGCGGACGCUGAAACAGCAGCAACAAUAACGACUGUCAAUCCUUUCAACGAAGAAGAAAACAACGAUGGCCCCAGGAUUGGAUGGCCAGAUGGCCUCGUUAUCAUCGCGUACUUUGUGUUUGUUCUAGCUGUUGGGUUGUGGUCCUCAUACAAGAGCAAAAAUGCGAGUGUCUCUGGGUACUUCUUGGCCUCCAGAAAUAUGCACUGGAUACCCGUGGGGGCGUCUCUUUUUGCCAGCAACAUUGGCUCUGGGCAUUUCAUUGGUUUGGCUGGAUCCGGAGCGGCUUCGGGCAUAGCGGUGGCUGGCUAUGAACAAAGUGCCGUAUAUAUUUUGAUGCUCCUCGGAUGGCUUUUCGUACCCGUAUACAUGAGUUCGGGAGUGUACACGAUGCCCGAAUACCUCAGGGAGCGCUUUGGUGGUCAGAGGAUCAGAGUAUACCUGGCUUUCCUCGCUCUCCUUCUGUAUAUUUUCACCAAGAUAUCAGCUGACUUAUAUGCUGGUGCGUUGUUCAUCCAAUUGGCGCUAAACAAGACGUCGGAAGGGUGGCUCUACAUCAGUAUCGUGUUGCUGCUGGCCAUUGCUGCUCUCUUCACCAUCGCUGGGGGUUUGACGGCCGUUGUGUGGACGGACUUUGUCCAGACGAUUCUGAUGGUCAUUGGAGCAUUUAUCCUCAUGGGAAAAUCAUUCGCGGCUGUAGGCGGUUUCCAAAACUUGGUCGACAAAUACCCUUAUGCCAUGGCAACUUAUCGGGCAUUCGAUGAAUCCAACAAAACUUGUAACAGACCACCCUCCGAUUACAUGAGCCUGAUUCGAACUAUAACACCCGGUGCCAGCGACUACCCUUGGACUGGAAUGGUGUUUGGGCUUGCCAUUAAUUCCAUCUGGUACUGGUGCACUGACCAGGUCAUUGUGCAACGAACACUAGCCAGCAAGAACAUGUCACAUGCUAAAGCUGGCUGCAUCCUCGCUUCUUACCUGAAAUUCUUACCCUUGUGGUUGCUGGUGUUCCCGGGAAUGGCUGCAAGAGUUCUAUUCCCAGAGACUGUCGGUUGUUCGGCGCCGGAUGUUUGUAAAUCGAUUUGUAACAAGGCGAGCGGCUGCAGCGAUAUUGCUUACGUGGAGCUCGUCCUGAACCUUCUUCCGACAGGCCUCUCUGGUUUGAUGCUGGCAGUGAUGAUGGCAGCGCUCAUGUCUUCUCUGACGUCCAUCUUCAACUCGGCCUCCACCAUCUUCACCAUCGACGUUUGGAUGUGGGGGAGGAAGAGGCUGCUGAAGAAGAAGGAAGUUUCGGACACAGAGCUCCUCAUCGUGGGCCGACUGUUCGUUCUGGUUCUGGUGGUCAUUUCUGUCAUCUGGAUUCCAGUGAUUCAAUCCUUAGGGAGUUCACAGCUGUUUGAUUAUAUCCAGGCAAUUUCUUCCUUCCUGGCUCCACCAAUCUGCGCAGUCUACCUUCUCGCCAUGUUUUGGGAGAGAACCAAUGAACCGGGUGCCUUCUGGGGUCUGAUGGUGGGCUUAGCUAUUGGAAUGCUGCGAUUCGUCGUCCAGUUUUCGUACGUUGUUCCCCCCUGCGGCUCAGGCUUGCCUGACCCCCGGCCGGACUUUGUGAAAGCUGUCGUAGGAAACGUCCAUUUCCUUCACUUUAGCUGCUUCCUUUUCCUCAUUUCUGCCGGAGUCACCAUAGGAAUAUCCCUGAUGACUCCACCAAUCCCCUCCGAAUGCCUCUACCGCCUGACAUUCUGGACCCGAUGUGAUCCUCGAGUUCGGACUCCUUUGGAACCUGAUUCACCAAAAAGUGAUUCAUCCAAAAUCAGUACAAACCCCACUGAAGGAUCACAAGAAAUGGCCCUUGAACAGGAAGAAGAAGACGUCCCUCUGCCAAGACGCCUUUUGAAUGUCUUGUGUGGGGCAUCCAGUAAAAAGAGAGACACCGAAACCAAAGAGCCAGAACUUUCACCCGAACAGCAAGCGGAAGAAGCUGCAAAAUUCUUGGAGGAAGUCCCUUUCUGGCGGAAUUUUCUCAAUAUCAACGCAAUUAUCUGCCUCACUUUAACAACCUUCGUGUGGGGAUUCUUUGCUUAAUGAAUGGAGAGACGAGGAAGAAGAAAAUAUGCCACAUCAUUCCCAUUAUCAGCUGCGAGGUCGAACGAAUCCGUGCUGAGCAGAGGAAGCGGGAAUCGUUUCAAGGCGUCACCGACUCAUAAUGACUAAAAACAAGAAGAAAUGAAGGAUGCCGAAAGGCCUUUUUAUACGGCAUUUGCACUUUAUGAGGUAUUCGUGUCCGUAAGCAGUGGGGAAUCAUGUCUAUUGUAUAAUAAUUUCACUACAUUUUACGAGUGAUAUCGAAAAAACCACGGGGUAUGUAAUCUUAUCUAAGAGAUAUAGUGACAGCUUCUUAUGAUUUAUGAUUAUCAGAUGGUCUGGCACUGCAUUCGUACUGAACAUAUAAGAGCUGCAGAUAAUAGCACAAGAUAACAGAAAAUGGUUAUAACAUAAGCCAGGUUCAGUAAGGAAGUUAGCAAUCGCGGGAAGUCGAUUGAAUGUAAUGAUGGAACGCAAAUCUGCAAACGCUUCAUUUCCGUUCUUUUAGGCAAAACUCUCAGAUUGACGGUGACAUCCACGAUAUAUAAUCAUUACUAUAUCGUGGUGACAUCUUUGCAUAAAACAUUAGAAAUCUAUAAACCUUAAAAACUACGGAACUCCUCCUAGGUGGGCAAACAAUGAUUUUAUAAAUUAUUGUCUCUAAGUAUUAACUAUUUGUAUAUAUCCAGUUAUUGCAUUGUCACCCCUUUUAUCUUAGCAUGUUUUACGUGAAUUUGGUAUGAAUAUCUAAAUUAGAUGUCAACCUUUGGUUGACCAAUAAAUAAUAAUUUUGUAAAUCGUCAUAUCAGGAAAGAUGUUGCUGUAUACAUUAAGCAGGUUUCUUUGAUAUGGCGCACAGCAUUGUUAGCUUUAAGUCUUGUCCUGUUAUAAGUUGACAUGUCAAAUAUAGUGUAUAAGAUUUAGCAUCGGAGAACAUCUUUUGUUGAUACGAUAUCUAAGUUAUAUUAUCAUAAUAAAGAGUUCUUUGUUAUGUUUUUA